AUGACAGCUAUCUGGACCAUCACAUUGAUAGCUGCUUUAAUAUACUCUGUAUCUUUGGUGUGGAUGACUUUUCAAAGGUACUAUCAGGCACCUUUAGUCACCACUCAGAUACCAGAAGGGAUCUCAAUCAACAAAAUAAUAUUUCCAGCUGUGGGGAUUUGUACUAACAAUAGAAUUAGCAAGCGAGCAGUAACUGAAUUGGCGAACGAUUUGUUAAAAGAGAAACGAAAUGAAAAGUACAAUGAGAAAGAGAUGUUGUCAAUGCUAUUCGGUUUAGGGCUGCUAUACAAUCUUCAAAUGGAUCCCAAUAUUGUAGAUGUGAUGGAACUUCAUCAAACUCUCGGAGAAUAUGAUGUCAAUGAGCUAAUGAAAAAUUUAACUCCAAAAUGCGAGGACUUGCUAUUGCGAUGUUCUUGGAAUAAGAAUUCGAUGGCAUGCUCGAAAUUAUUUGAUUUCCGCCUCACAAUGAACGGAUAUUGCUGCACGUUUAACUACCUUCGCAGUUCAGAUGUUAUGUUUGAAGAAAGUACUGACGCUCGCAGCACUGAUAUGUAUAUGUAUGGAAACAAAUCCAGUUUUGAUUUCGACCAAGGAUUAAAAGUCUUACUAUACUUGGAAGAGGAUGACGACUUUUUCUAUAACACACCUUUAAGUGGAGCUCAGAAAUAG